CCUUUGUAUUGGCCCCUCAUGAAGAAGGUUGUAAAGCCCAAUCAGGCAACCAGACGAAGCUCGCUUUCGACCGCCGUUUCGCCUCCCACCGGGCGGGCAACAGAUCCUUCUUCGGUUUUCCGAAACCCGCCCAUCGACGACGGUGACUUGGUGGUUCCAAGCUUAAACCCUAGACCCCCACUCGCCUGUGAAUCCCGGUGACAUCGGAAAUCCUCGAUGAAGAUAGCCGUCGAAGGUUGUAUGCAUGGAGACCUCGACAGCGUCUACAAGACCCUUCAGUACGUCGAGCGCCAGCGCAACAUCAAGGUCGACCUCCUCCUCUGUUGCGGCGACUUUCAGGCUGUGAGGAACGAGAGUGAUUUGGAGAGCUUGAAUGUGCCCAGGAAGUAUCGGGCAAUGAACUCGUUUUGGAAGUACUUCUCCGGGGAGGAGGUUGCGCCUGUUCCGACUAUAUUCAUUGGCGGGAAUCAUGAAGCUUCCAAUUACUUGUGGGAAUUGUACUAUGGAGGAUGGGCAGCACCUAACAUAUACUUCUUGGGGUUUGCUGGGGUGGUGAAGUUUGGGAACAUCCGUAUCGGUGGACUCUCCGGAAUCUAUAACGCACGCCAUUAUCGUUUAGGACACUAUGAGAGGCCUCCUUAUAACGAGAACACCAUCAGGUCUGUUUACCAUGUUCGUGAAUAUGACGUGCACAAACUUAUGCAAGUUGAGGAACGGAUCGAUAUUUUUCUUUCCCAUGAUUGGCCUCUUGGCAUCACUGAUUGUGGAAACUCUAAGAAACUCAUUCAGCAGAAGCCAUUUUUCGAGAAAGAGAUCUAUCAAAAGACUCUUGGAAAUAAGGCUGCUGCUCAACUGCUGGAGGAGCUAAAGCCCACUUACUGGUUUUCUGCCCAUCUACAUUGCCAAUUUGCUGCUUCUGUUCAACACGGUGAAGGUGGUCCAGUUACCAAUUUUCUUGCUCUUGAUAAGUGCCUACCAGGCCGCAAGUUUUUACAGAUCGUUGAUAUUGAGUCAGAGCCUGGACCACAUGAGAUUUUGUAUGACGAGGAAUGGCUGUCAAUAACUCGGAAGUUUCAUUCUGUCUUUCCUUUGACCACCAAAAGUGCAGAUUUUGGGGCUGUUCAACUUGACAUGCAAGAUUGUCGACAAUGGGUCAGGAGCAGACUUCAAGAAAGAGGUGCUCGACCUUUUGAAUUUGAAAGGACAGUUCCAUGUCAUAAUCCCUCUCAAUCCUCUUCUACCGGUUCACAAGCAUUGCCUCGAAACCCUCAGACAGAAUCAUUGUUGCAACUACUGGAACUUCCUUACCUUCUUGAUCUCACAUCAGAAUCAAGGGAUCCAAUCAGCAGUCCCGCUUCAAUGAUCUACCAAGGUUCUUUGGGCGCUGAUAGUGAAGAAAUUCCUAUUGAUGAUAUUGAUGAAUUCGAAGAGCUUGCAGAAGAUAAUGUGGAAACUGAGGAUGAAUACGGGUUCGUUUUCGAAGAGGCCAAGGAAGAUGGACAUGAAACGUCCAUGCUUGUGGCAUCGAGGUUAGGGCAUAUCGGUGAAAAGGAUGUCUACCUUAGCUUCAAGUCGGAUGGUACGGGGAAUGGAAACAUGCUUGAUAUCGUAGGCCAUGUAGAUGCUGAUUGGGGUGGAGAUAUUGAUAGUAGACGGUCCACUAGCGGAUAUGUUUUCACAUUGUUUGGUUGCAUUGAGUUGGAUGAGCAGGAGGCAAAGCGUGGUAGCGCUUUCUUCUACCGAGGUGAGUAUAUGGCUCUUACUCAUUUGGAAAAGAGGCCGUAUGGUUACGGCGGUUGUGCUUGGAGCUCGGUUUUGAGCAAGGAUUCACCUGAAAGCUUCAUGGAGACGAGAGUUUUCAUUUUGAAUCCGCUCAUUUUUCUGGUCGUCUUCCUAGCUCAUGUGGUUGCCUCUUCCGCUCAGCUGUCUUUUGGGUUCUAUGCAGCUUCAUGUCCUAGUGCUGAAUUCAUAGUCGGGAACACAGUGAGAUCAGCUUCUUCCAGUGAUCCCACAAUCCCUGGGAAGCUCCUUCGUUUGCUCUUUCAUGACUGCUUCGUGGAGGGUUGCGAUGCAUCCGUGCUUAUACGAGGAAAUGGAACGGAGCAAAGUGAUCCAGCUAAUACAUCACUUGGAGGAUUUUCUGUCAUAGACUCAGCUAAAAGGGUUUUAGAAUUAUUCUGUCCAGGAACUGUUUCUUGCGCCGAUAUAAUUGCAUUAGCUGCCAGAGAUGCUGUUGAACUGACUGGAGGGCCUGCAGUUCUGAUUCCAACAGGUAGGAAAGAUGGGAGAGUUUCUGCAGCUUCAAAUGUAAGACCCAACAUCGUGGAUACGAGUUUUACAAUCAACGAGAUGAUUAAACUCUUCUCGUCUAAGGGGCUGUCCUUGAUUGACCUUGUCACUCUGUCAGGAGCACAUACCAUAGGAGCUGCUCACUGCAGUGCAUUCAGCGACAGGUUUCAAGCAGACUCCAAGGGGAAGCUCUUGCUAAUUGACUCAUCCCUCGACAAGACUUAUGCAGAGGAACUCAUGACACAUUGCCCUGCAGGUGCUAGUCCUUCCAUUACAGUUAACAACGACCCUGAUACAUCCCUGUCAUUUGACAAUCAGUACUACCGAAAUCUCUUGUUGCACAAGGGGCUAUUUCAGUCGGAUUCUGUAUUGAUAAACGAUAACAGAACAAGGGGGCAAGUAGAGAAUUUCGCGAAUGACCAGGACAGUUUCUUUGCAAGUUGGGCUCAGUCAUUCUUGAAGCUCAGUGCAGUUGAAGUAAAAACAGGCAAUGCGGGGGAGGUGAGACAAUCUUGCUCAGUCAUUAACGGAUGAAAUUGAAAGGUUUUCAAGAUUUUUUUUCUUUCACUCUCACAGAAAGAAAUUAAGAAAAAUGUAAUUCCUCAUAGUCCUCUGUUUAGAGCUGCUGUCGCUUGGAGAUAGUCCUAUUAUUCGCAGUGUCAGUUGCUAGGAAGUUUGCAUAGCCACAGGAUCUUGCUUUUCAGAAGUUUCCAGUGUGCUUGGUUUUAUCUGCCGUUAUUUUC